AGCCGUCCGAGCAUGGAUUCGUUUCCUACGGGGAAAUGGCGCUCUACAAAUAAGGGGGUUGUAAAGCUUACUCCGUAGAUCAACGCCUUUAGGACCAAAAACCAAACAAAAGUAUUACUAUAAUCAACGAUGAGGGGAAAGCUGCAACGUUAUGGAGGAUGGGCAUGUAGGGUUAAGGCUUGUUUGUUCAUUACUCUCCUAACGGGAACACGUUACUGGUUUGAUGAAGUCCACGCGACGCAACGAGACAUCUUGGUCAUGUACAGCUUCGCACCAACCGACCCUGAGUUCGUGCGCAACCUUGGGUACUUUGUGAGGGAAGCCAUUGAAGGUGACACACGCAGUGACUACAUUAUCAUCGUGCAGGAGUCCACUGAAAUGCAUAAUGCCAAGCUACCCGAUCUGCCCCGUCAUGCGCGAUAUGUCCGGCAUACCAACCGUUGUUAUGACUGGGGCUCCUAUGGCUGGCUUCUGUUCACUGGCCGUGUGGACGCCAGGCGCUACAAGUUUUUCUUCUUCAUCAAUUGCAGUGUCCGGGGUCCGUUCAUGCCCGUCUACGCUCGGGGACAUAUACACUGGACGCAGCCGUUUACUUCCCGCCUGGUUGGGGACGUAAAAAUGGUGGGUCCGACCAUCAGCUGCGAGGGCAGCGCCCUUAACGGUGACUUCCGCGGCAAGUGGCGCUAUAACCCCCAUGUGCAGUCUUAUGCUGUCGCGACCGAUCGGGUCGGCUUGCAAGUGCUCCUGGACGAUGGUCGCGUCUUUCACUGUCACAACAAUCGGUGGAACACCAUUUACUAUAGCGAGUUGGGUUCUUCCACUGCCAUACUGAAGGCUGGUUUCAACAUCGACUGCCUUAUGACCAAAUACCAGAAGAUUGAUUGGCGGAAAAAAUCGAGCUGGGGCUGUAAUGCAAGGUCAAGUCCUCAGUCCGAACUGACCUACGACGGUAUAACGUUGGACCCGCUGGAAGUGAUGUUCGUAAAGGUCAAGGAGUUCCUGCUGCAGCGCAACGUCACCUACGCGUUGAGGGCAGCCCAAUACGACUCAUGGCUGGAGGCCGGGCCGUCGAAGAAUCGUUCCGUGGUGCUGUCAAACAAGUACGCGGACGACGAAUUUGCAUACAAGGCCCCCCGCAUCCUCGUUGCUAAGGCGCGCGGGCCUAGCUGUUUCGAUAUGGAUUUCUACCGGCAGCGAAAUCCGGACCUGACGGGCAUCAGUUCGGACACUGCGGCGUGGAGACAUUAUACGUUCUAUGGACAGUUUGAGCGGCGUCCACACAGGUUUACAUGCCCUAUGAACUAUUCCAAGUACUUCAAGAACUGAGGGUGAUGCUUACUGCAGUUUAUCCUGGCGUCUUUUGAGUUGGCCAGUUGGCAACUGCAUGUACGGCAGCGGACUUGGCUAUUCUGAUGGUAUCUAUGGACCAAAUCAUGACAACGUAGUUUUGUAACAAUAUAAUGAU